AUGUCAGACUUGACUCUCUACACCUUUGGCACACCCAAUGGACACCAGGCCUCCAUUGCCCUCGAGGAACUCGGCCUCCAAUACAAGGCUGAAUCCAUCGACAUCUCCAAGAACAUCCAAAAGGAGGAAUGGUUCUUGAAAAUCAACCCAAACGGCCGUAUUCCUGCCCUCACAGACGGCAAACUGAAUGUAUUUGAGACAUGCGCUAUUCUGUUAUACCUCGGCGAUAAGUAUGACAAGGACAACAAGAUUUCCUUCGAGCAUGGAUCAGACGAGUACUACCAGGCACUCUCAUGGAUCAUGUUCAAGCAGGGUGGUAUCGGUCCUAUGCAGGGUCAAGCCAAUCACUUCAAAUUGAUGUGCUCCGUCAAGUCUGAUUAUGCCAUCAACCGCUACGUUGAAGAGACGAAACGUCUCUAUGGCGUGCUCGAGAGGCAGCUGAGCAAGACAGACUACCUCGUUGGCAACAAGUACUCGAUUGCUGAUAUCGCUGCAUGGUGUUGGGUUGUCUAUGCCGAGCACCUCGAUAUUGACCUGAGCGAGUUCCCUGGCGUCAAGGCUUGGGUCGAGCGUAUUGCAGCACGCGAGGCCGUCAAGAAGGGCAAGCAGGUACCACCAAGCACAAAAACUCCUGAAGAGCUCAAGGAAAUGUUUAAGAGCAUGAAGGAAAAGGUGGCUGCCAUGGAAAACACAGACAAGCACUAG